AUGACAAGUCGCAGAAGGUACGCUCCACGGUUCCACGAGCUUCGGAUGGCCCUUGAAGAUGGGGUUCCAGGAGCUAUUGUCAGUGGCACCGUAGGACGUCAAUCAUCCUUUGAAGUACGGGUGAACAAUAAAGUGAUGUUCUCCAAAUUGAAUACCUAUGGCUUCCCUUAUGAACAGGAGAUUGUUGAUGCAGUACUUAAAAUCCGGGAGGGAGAAGAUGUGGAACAACUAACCAACUCCUCCUCACCAUGUGUCCUCUUGUAGAAAUAGGAUUGGAGAGAAUGCUUCUGACAUUUUAGCCAAUUAUAUGUAAUUAGACGGCAUUUUCUAUUAAAGUAUUGGCUGCUUCUUUAUCAUUUUUAAUGACGAAUUGCAACUAAAACUGUUCGAAACGUUGUUACUCCGAUGACCAGAAUGUCCAGCACAGCCUAUUACUAGUGUGGAAAAUGUCAUUCAAAUUUACAAAUGCAUUGUAAAUUUGUAAGAAAAUGAAGAUUACUACUUUCAUCAAUGGAAAAUUUUAAUUCAGUCAUCCUAUAUGCAAUCGUAAUUAUGGGAUUUAAACAGCACAAUAACCUAGAACUAUAUAUUGAAGAUGAGUAUUUUCAAAACUUCAUCCUCAGUAUAUAGAUAGACAAAACGUGAAAUGAUUAAAAUUUCAAUAAAAAUUCUCCCGAAUUUUAAAUUGAUUAAUAUUUCAAUAAUAUUAAAGUUUAUUUCAUCAUAAAACCUACUUAAUUAACAUUAGUCUCGGAUGUGUGUGGGAUUUUGUGAAAGCAGCAAUAUUUAUAUAUUUAUAUGUAUAUACAUAUCUAUUUAUAUAUUUGCAGCAUGUCCUGCUGCUGCUAUCACUUGGUCAUGAUUGGUUGAGACUGGUGCAUACGCCGUAACUCCGUACGCCCGCGUACACAUAUGGCUUACAAAAACAAAUAAAUCCAGUCCUACGCACUGCGCCACGCUUGAAUUCUUGAAUAUUGUUGAUGCAAUUGUUGUGCAUCUUUUAAGAAAAUAUGCUUGUUUUUGUGGUACUUUUAUUAACAAAGCUGAAUUUUGAUGCAUUUCCAUCGAUCUUACCGCAAAGCGCUCGGUUCUAAUUUUCUUACUAUUGAUACAGAGGUAAGAGAGAUAUGCAAAAAAUAUGAACACAAAUACAGCCAAAUUGGCACAUUUUGUGCAGUUUUCAUGGUUUCAAAGUGCCCCUGUCUCGGCUCUCACAUGGGGCAUUUUCUCACCAGAUGUGCGUGGCGUCUCACCUCGCUGCCUAGGCGCAAAGCGGCGAGGCAGCUCGUAUAUAUAUAUUAUAUAUAUAUAUAUAAGAGUUAAAAUGCAUUUCUACCUCAUAGACUCGCUUACAACAGUACAAUAGCUGUCUAAACAUUUUGUUGUUAUUCAGAGAUUACGUAAGUUUGACAGUUGUAAAUGCAAUUAGACAUGCAUGCAGUUCUUGUUAUCUAAAAUUAUUUUAGGAGUCAUUUGAACUCUGCAAUAGACCAUAAUUAUCUCUAACGUGUUAUUGCACUGAGAUCAUAUGGAUAUAUUAUAUGCAAGUAGCAUAUUUUUUAAUAACAAGACUUGUAUAUAAAGGAUUUAGCUGCAAUGCCCCUUUAAUGUGCAGGUUUCCUUAUUAUUUUGUGAUGAAAUGUACUCACAUGCUAGUGACUUAUAACUACGCAUUAGGAUGGGAAUGUGAUUAUUUGCGUGCGCACAAUCGGCCCUCGGUCCUGCUACCAAAUUCGUUUUUUGGACAAAUUUAUUGAUACUGACGAUUUAAACGUCCAAUGAUCACAUUUUCUUAUAUAUAUGGCAGGUAGUAUACUCUUUCCUAUUUCAUAAUUUGGUGGAAAGAGAUAUAUUAUAUAGUUAUAUAUAAACAUGCAUGUCACUUAUUUACAUACGUGGUUGAUUAAUAAACGUAUUACAUACACUAGGCUGGCUCUAUCUUUGUUUAUAAGAUCCGAUCAUCACUCUAAUAUCGCUGGAGGAAAACUACCCUAUCACUGCCGGACAGCGCUUCUAUUGGUGUGGACAUAUGCAAACACGUGUUUUUAUGUAUCUGUGGUGUUGCAUAUGCGAUUCAUUCAUGAACGUUAUAAACAAUAAACAUUGUAUCAAGAGCUAAUAAUACAUUGCAUUAUGCUUUAAUACAUGUA